UCUUUCACUGUGGCAACAAUUGGAAACAAUCAUGUAUUAAUUGAUAUGUGUGGAAAAUGAUAUUGUGUCAAUUUUUGCAUAUCCAGGUCUUGUCUGGCUUUAUUAAACAUGCGUAACAGCCAUAGCCAAUAGAAUUUACUCAACAAUAGAUAGUGGAUGGAUAGAUGGAUGGAUUGAUGUAUUGAUGGACAGAUUGAUGAAAGAACAAACGGAAAAACAGACCAACAGGCAGAUGGAUAAUCAUUACAUGAAUGAAUUUGAGAAUUACUGCAUCAAUGAAAGAAUGCACUAACAAUUAAACAGACGAAUCAAAGAAACAAAACUAAAAAUGGCCACAAUCGACGGUUUGUUUGAGCAGAUAAUACAUUCAGAAAAAGCUGCUCAACAUACGAAAAAUAAAAUUCAAGAACUGCGCCAAGAGGUAUUUAUCAAUCAAGAAAAGUGUUGCACAUUAGAGCAGAAAAAUAGCGAGUUACAACAACUCCUAAGGACAAAGCUGGAUGAACUGAGCAGGCAUGAGUUCACUGCCAAGUUGCUGGCAAGUAGAGAGAAGAUCUACCUGGACCAGAAAACAGAACUAGACGUAGAGAUGAAGAGUCUUGUAGAGAAACAGAGGUCAGUUGCAGAAUGGUUCUACAAGGAGAGAGAGCUGCUAUGUUCCCAGAUAUCACAAUACUCAGAGCAGUUUGGAGGCUGGAGUUUGAAUGGCCAGGAAGACCGACUAAAACACUAUAGACAACAGUUAGAGGAGAUCCUUGUAGAAAAACAGUCAAUGGAGUCAGAGAUAGAGAAAUUCUUAAUGGAAGAAGUUGUUGUGACAACAAUAACAGAAGAAAAAGAAGACCUUAAAAAUAAACAUGAUAAAGAACAAGAAGUGAUAACAGCACUUCAUUCAGAGCUCAACAAUGAAACUGAGAAAACUGCGUGUCUUGAAAACCAAUGCCAGGCUUUGUCAGAGCAGACUCAAAACAAUCCUGAGUACAUCAGCCUUGUGAAGGAAUUGGAGGAAUGCAAGCAACAGUCUGCUUUAUUGGAUGAGGAACACACAAGGCUACAAGAUGAACUGAAUAAUCUUCAUCAGCAGUUGUGGCAGCAGCAACUGCAGCAACAGCAGACAAAGAAGUUACAACAGCUGAGGGACAAUGUGUUAGUGACCCCUUACAGUGAAGCUGGUCAGCAAGAGUCAUCAACCUCUGAGAGUCAGAAACCAGUUCUGGUGGAGUCAAAUACAGACGAUUACAGCUGUGAGAAAAUGGAAGAUUUGUUCUCAGACUCUGAUGACCUUGAUCUAGAAACAGACAAAGGUCAGGGUGAAACUGACAGGGGUCAAGGUGAUUCUAAGCUUAAAGGUCAAAGUGAUUUCCAAACUGCUAGUGAUGUAAUGCAGGCAGACAUAUCUGCGGAACUAAGCAUGAAUAAUUCCAGUGUUAUUGGAAAAUAUAAACAGCAAGAUGACAUUACCCAGAGCGGUGAAUGGAAACACAUGCCAUCAUCCCAGUUGUUAUCCUUGCCGUUAACAUCGAAGAAGAUUUUUCGGUCUUGCAGCAAAAAUUAGAUAACUGUUAUAAUUGUGUUUAUUAAUUAAUUUCAUUGAAGGAUAACUGCUUAGAGAAAUAUAAAUGAGCAUUACUGUGUGAAAACAGGGUUUAAUACAUAUGUAGGCAGUUUUAUUCAAGAUCAGCCUGUGCAGCCAGCACAGGCUUAUAAGGGGUCACAUUAUUCUUCUAAACUGGAAAGUCAAUACGAAGAGACAUUCUUUAAGUAAAAAAUACAAUAGAAGCCGUAUAGUUAUUAAUGUUUAUUAAUGAAUUACUUAAGCCCUGUUUUUCCAGAGCAAGACUCAAAUCACAAUAUUUAUGAUUCCGGAUCCAGGAUGUAGUGGUGAAAAAAGGUUGAAAUUAUCAUUGAAUUUUAUGAACAGGAUAAACACAAGUACUUUUAUAAACCACAGUUUUAUAUUACAUAUUUUGCCUUAAAAUACAGGUAAAAACAAUUUUAUUUUUUUACUUGUUAUUCUUAGUAGUGGCAUAGUGGGUAUGAUAGAGGUCCCUGAUAGUAUAGACAGUUGACAGUUCAAUCCCUCAGAGAGCAUUCAAAUGAUUUCUUUCUUAAAAUGUCAAGUACUAAUAGUACCCUGAAAACAAACUCAAAAGUGUUGCAAUAUAUAUAUAGUCAGAUGGCUUUCGACUGAAGUCAGAAAUGGAAGUAGAGUUAUAACUACCUUUUCAUGUAUAAGUGUAUGUGAAUAUUGUUUGUUUAUACUUUGGUUGUUGCCCGACAUAAUAUUUAAAGCUGUUUCCUGAAAUAUGAGAUGUUUCGUUGAAUAUGCUGCACCAAAAGAAGUGCUUUGUGUAUUGUAAGGAUCUUUGGUUUCACCAAACAAACAAAUAAUGAAUAAAAUAUUUAAAACUUG